AUGGAAGACAAGGACACGGCCGCGCCUCCUAGCGCCCCGUCUGGCGCCGACCCCGCCCAGGCCAAUGCCGACCCUCCUCUGCCUGACUCUCGCGAGCCAAUACCGGCUCCCUCCUCCUACCUGCGCUUCAAGACGUCCCACGGCAGCAGCGCCGCCAUGGCUGCCCCCGCGACGGCCCCCGAAAGCCCCCUCGACAAGGAACAGCGACAAGGCCUGAGAGCCAUUCGCGAUUUCCUCAAAGUCCGCACCAGCUACGAUGUCUUGCCUCUGUCCUUUCGCCUCAUCGUCCUUGAUACCGAUCUGCUCAUCAAGAAGAGUCUCAACAUCCUGAUCCAGAACUCAAUCGUGUCGGCCCCUCUGUGGGAUUCGGAAACGUCGCGCUUCGCCGGCAUCUUGACGGCCACAGACUUCAUCAACGUCAUCCAGUACUACUACCAAUUUCCCGACGAGAUUAGCAAGUUGGACCAGUUUCGCCUGUGCAGUCUCAGAGAUAUCGAAAAGGCCAUCGGCGCCAUCCCCAUCGAAACCGUCUCCGUCCAUCCCGCCCGGCCCCUGUACGAGGCAUGUCGCCGCAUGCUCAAGACCCGCGCCCGACGGAUUCCGCUGGUCGAUGUCGACGACGAGACGGGCAGGGAAACCGUCAUAUCCGUCAUCACCCAGUACCGAAUCCUCAAGUUCAUCGCCGUCAACAACGAACACAAUACCGUCCUGCUCAAGAAGAGUGUCCGCGAAGUCAGCCUCGGCUCCUACACCAACCUAGCGACGGCGCACAUGAACAGCACCGUCCUGGAUGCCAUCCACAUGAUGGUAGACCGCAACAUCAGCUGCGUGCCCAUUGUUGAUUCCGAGAACAGGGUCCUCAACGCCUUCGAAGCUGUCGAUGUCAUUUCGUGCAUCAAGGGCGGCGCAUACGAGGAGCUGGACGGCUCGGUGGGCGACGCCCUUUGCAAGCGACCCGACGACAGCCCCGGAAUCUACACGUGCUGCGAGGGCGACCGGCUCGACUCCAUCUUCGACACGAUCCGCAAAAGCCGCGUGCAUCGACUGAUUGUGGUGGACGAUGAGAACAAGCUCAAGGGCAUCAUCUCGCUCUCGGACAUUCUAAAAUACGUGCUGCUCUACGGGGAGGAGGAUGCGGGCCAUCGAUCAUGA